GCGCGCAGGCGCAGUGGGGAACCUUCGUGGAGUCGCUGCCUCUUCUUCUGGCGGGUUCUUGGGUUGGGAGAGCGCGGCGGUAGGCCCUCGCCGGCGCUGGGGGCGUGGACCCCGGCCAGGUGCCCACAAGCACGGAGGUGCAGGGUGCCGCGGAGGGCGUGGGGCCGUCCGCGCCCGCGGCGGCGCCGGCCUCGCAGUUCACCCUGCUGGUGAUGCACCCGUGCUGCGGGCCGGAGGAGGCCGGGGCUGAGGACGCCCUACAGCCGGCCCCGGUCCCGGCCCCCGCGGCGAAGCCCGGCGCGGACCCGGGCGAGGCUGCGGGGGAUGCGGAGGACGAGGCCGGCGAGGACGAGGCCGACCUGCUGGACACCUCGGACCCCCCGGGGGGCGGCGAGAGCGCGGCCAGCUUGGAGGACCUAGAAGACGAGGAAGCGCACUCGGGGGGCGAGGGCGGCGGCGCGGGGCGGCGCAGGCGAGGCAGCGGCGGCGGCGGCGGCGGCGGUGCGAGCAAGACCUGCACCUACGCGGGCUGCAGCGAGACCACCAGCCAGGUGGCCAAGCAGCGCAAGCCGUGGAUGUGCAAGAAGCACCGCAACAAGAUGUACAAGGACAAGUACAAGAAGAAGAAGAGCGACCAGGCCCUGAACUGCGGCGCGGCCGCCGCGGCGGGCGGCGUCAAACUGGAGGAAAGUGCAGAUAACAUACUCUCUAUUGUCAAACAAAGAACUGGAUCUUUGGGAGAUCGUCCUGCAAGACCUACUCUGUUAGAACAAGUGCUAAAUCAGAAAAGACUGUCAUUGUUAAGAAGUCCUGAAGUAGUGCAGUUUUUACAGAAACAGCAGCAGCUUCUAAAUCAGCAAGUUUUAGAGCAAAGACAGCAGCAGUUCCCAGGAGCAUCAGUGUGAUGGAGCUCACGAGAAGCUGGACGUGGCUUUAUUGUAAUACAGGAACGUACUUCUAUACCAAAGAUAAACGGCGUGACCUAUGUCAGUAAAAUGUAAACGUUUUCUUGUUAAAUCUGUGUGUAUAUUUGGGUAUAAGUAAGUAUUGUACUUCUUGUAUGUAAUCCUUUCAGAUCACCAGGAGUUUGAAGUAAUCAGCUUAUUUUCCCAAAAGAACACUUAAUAAGUUUUCCUUUUAAACCUGUUCUUCAGUCACUGUUACUGAAGGUGCUGAGGCAGUUACUUUCUGUGGAAGUUAUGAAGUUAAUAGAUAGUAAUUUUGAACCUGUAGGCUCCAAAAUGCAAUUGGAAAUGUAUGAGUCUAUUUUUUGGUUGUCAU